CCGAAUUUUAUUUGAAAGAAGAAGAAAACGUAAACGAAAGAAGAAGAGAAUAAAGUUGGAAUCGGUGAUUCCCUGUGUCUCUGGCUGUUACUUCCACCUGCACACCAAAGUCUAAAACUUUACACGUAACAAGGUAUAACAACUAGAAUUCAGAGAUGAAAAAGGAAGACAAUGAAGACUCUACACUGAGCAGCGAGGAUCCUACGUCUACACCCGAAGUGUUGGAGUCUGCUGCUGCUGCUGCUUUGGAAACAAGCCCACCCAUUUUGUCUGAAAUCACAACAACGCAGAUUGACACUCCCCCAGAGGGAGAAGUCGCCACUAAAGAUGCAGAGGGCACCCCUUCCUCCUGUGACAAGGCUGAUGAGUUGAGUAGAGAGCUGGAGGACAUAGUGAACACCUACUGCAAUGAGAUGAUCACAGAAGAUGCCACUACCCUCCCUAAUGGUCAGUCGCACAGUCCGGAGCCCAACGGUGUGACUGACGAAAGGGAUGAUGGUAAACUGGAUGAAGGAAAGCUGAAUGAAGUGGAGAAGGGGCAGAAGAGGGAGAGGAAGCGUGGGAAAGGUCUAGGCAAAGAGGUGACCCUCCUCAUGCAGACCCUGAGCACGCUGAGCACCCCUGAGCAAAAACUGACUGGACUCUGCAAGAAGUAUGCGGAGCUGUUGGAGGAGCACCGCACCACUCAGAAGCAAAUGCGAGGGGUGCAGAAGAAGCAGGACCUGCUGUUGGGUGAGAAAGAUACUCUGAGGAGUGAACACAGCAAAGCCAUUCUUGCCCGCAGCAAACUGGAGAGUUUGUGUAGAGAGCUGCAGAGACACAACCGCACGCUGAAGGAUGAAGGGAUACACAGAAGUCGACUGGAAGAAGCAAAGAGGAGAGAGAUGAGCUGCCAUUUUCAGGUCACCCUGAAUAGAAUCCAGUCUCAGAUGGAGCAGCAUGAAUGCAACAUCAGUCUGCGACAAGAGAACAUCGAACUGGCGAAGAAGUUGAAGAACCUCUAUGACCAGUACAAGCUGCGGGACGAGCACAUAAACAAAGUGGUGAAGCACAAAGACCUGCAGCAGAAGCUGGCAGAAGCGAAGCUGCAGCAGGCUCAGGAGCUGCUGAAGGAGUCCGUGGACCAGCACGACAAAGAGAAAGACAUUCUACUGAAGGAAGCUGUGGAGUCACAAAGAAUGUGUGAGCUGAUGAAGCAGCAGGAAGGUCACCUCAAACAACAGUUGUCACUAUACACUGAGAAAUUUGAGGAAUUUAAAACAACUUUGUCAAAGAGCAACGAAGUGUUCACCACAUUCAAACAGGAGAUGGAGAAGAUGACAAAGAAGAUCAAAAAGCUGGAGAAGGAGACGGCCAUGUAUCGCUCUAGGUGGGAAAGCAGCAACAAAGCUCUUUUGGAGAUGGUCGAGGAGAAAGCGGUGCAGGAUCGUGAGUUUGAGGCGCUGCAGGGCAAAGUCCAGCGGCUAGAGAAACUGCAGCAGGCCCUCAAAGUGGAACGCAACAAGCUCAAGAAGAAGGUCCAGCUACUGGACCUUCUUCUUGAGUUUGACGAAACGGCAGACUCAGAUUCGCUGUCACCUCCUCCUGCAGAGUCUCCACUGGAGGCCAUAGUAAGCCACCAAAGCCCUUCUGUUCCACAGACCCCUUCUUGCUCCCAUUCUGCUCCAUCUGAGCAAAAUCCUGACUCGGCACCGCAGCUGGAAGGUCAGUCUAAGCCGGAAUGAUAGCUCACCCUCUCUUCUUUGCCCCUCCUUCAAACCACCAGCCUGUAUGCUGCUGCUCUGCUGGAUCCAUACUUGUUGGACACUGAUUUAGACACAGAGGAAAGCUUUUAUUUUUUUAGCCGAAACUCUAAACUGCUGUGCCCUGUAACCUUUGCAAGCUUUACAAUGUGCCUCAUUUGUCAAGUAGAUUUACAUGUGCGCCACCCAUUGUGUAGAUUUUAAGAGCAGAACGACAUUCCCACUUGUACUAAAGUAACAGAUUUCAACGUCAUGUUGGGUUUUAGGGUGAUUCGUUGGAUGUAGAAGUGUUCCUAAUAUAGGUUUGCAUGCUCGUGUCCUUUGUGUCAGUAAGGUUUGACUGAACAUUCCAUUUUUGCUGCAGUCCAGUGUCGUUUGUCAUUCGCAUGCAUCAGAAGUGUGUAGACUUGAUCAGUCUUCUAAAGGGCAACAAUACAUGCUUUGUUGUUUGCGUUGAAAUAACAGUCAUUGUUACAAAGGGCAACAGAUAACUAAAGCAAUCCACAGAGAAAUGUAGCUUUUGUCAUUGUAUUUAUUGCUGAAACAUAAUCACUGUUAUUGCGACACAGAAGCAGAGCACCACUGUUUAUGUUCACAAAGCAUAUUUAAUUUUACCAUCUGCUUAUCUCCUCCUCUCUGGGGUCUGUGGAAUGUUCAGACUCCUCUAUGCAAGAUAUAUCAUCAUCGUCUCCCUGUUUUGAUACUGUGACAGUGUGACCGCAAAACAACUUUGCUCAGAAUGUAUGUUCACGUCGUGCGCUGUCCCGGCACGGAUUUACUGACAAAUCUUACAUCAACAUGGUGUUAAAAGACCGAUGUUAUUUUUACUUAUGUGAUGUAGAAUCACCUUUUUUGAAAAGGUGAAGAUAAUUGUCCGAUGUUGUGUUUGGAAGUAAUAAAGGUUUUCAUUGUU